UUAUUUUAUUUAGCAUUUUAUUUAAACGCAUUCUUAAUACAUCAUUGUCUUAAUUAAUUCAUAUAGAAAACAUUAAGAUAAAAAUAUUAGUGAAUAUAAAUGUACAAAGCGCUGUUGUUUUUUAAAUGUCCCGCGUCAUCAAUUUGGAACGCGCCGUGGGUAUAAAAGCUGUAGCAGCGACGGGAACAGCGAUAGUGUGGAUUGUCUGGAGACAAGAGACAAAGUGAGGAGAAACAACUAAGCAAAGCGACGAGAAACAACUAAGCAAAGCGAAAAAGAAUCGAAAGAUGCUGCACAUGAAGACGUUUCUUUCCGGCCGGAGUAGCGGCACAGUCCGGGGCCUGGCCUGCGCCGCCGGGCUGAUCGCGCUCACCACCGCGGGAUACUACGCGUAUCGCAGGCUGAAGAGGACCAGCGACCGUCGAGCUGCUGAACGGGAAGCUGCUCAAGGAUCUGUUGUAGGUGUUGAUGUCGAGGAAGUUCUCGUAUGCACCGAAGAAGACCCUCAGACAUCAGCUGUUGUCCUGGUAACUGAGACAAAUCCCCAGCUCCACAACACCAGCCUUGACCCUGAGAAAUCAGCUGUCAUUCUGCUCUCGCAUCACCAUGGCACACGUCAGCUGCACUCUGCCUGGCAGACCAUCCAGUUCCUUUCCUCACAGUCCUGCAGCUUCGUCUGUGAGUCCAUGGAGGUACGCAGGUACAUCGCAUGCUUGGUGAGAGGUCCAGAAGUCCUGCUGUGGUGGAUCACCACCACCACCGAAAUGUCCAGCAAUCAUUGGGGAGCCUUUAACUCCACCAUUCAGGAGACCUCGAUCACCUGCAUACAGCGAGUCUGUGGGAGCGUGAGAGCGCUGGUGUCCUGCCAUCAUGAGGAGACGACCAUCCACGUGCCGUACGAGGAUGGCGAGCAAACCAUUUACCAGGUGAGUCGCUUGUACCUUCGCGUGGACGUGGACGGUCAGGUGGACAUGUCCCAUGAGGAGGAAGGAAGUUUCUUCACUCCUUAUGCUGAUUCUGAGGCUCAGUCAGAAUUUGAGGAAAAUGACAUGGAACUUCCACUUGAGGAGCAGGAGGUGCCUUUCAUCAGCUUGUACCUCACAGGCCGUGGCAUCACAGACCUCGUGCUGAAACUGCCUGCCGUCCGCGAGGCGUUCUCUAGGAUGAUGGCGAGCAUGCAUAACAAGAACUUCUUGUACGUGGCUGGCAAGCAGAUCUUGAUGCGUCUGGCAGCAGCCAACAAACAGGAUCCGCGCGGCGUACAGAGGGCAUACGACGAGUUGAUCCGAUUCCUGAGAGAGCCGUCCUAUCAGGAAAUGAUCAAGGCGGAGGUGCUCGAUGCUCAGCUGUACCACUUCAACCUGCUGGAUGUGUUCUUCGAACUCGUCUUCUUCAGCUGCUUAAUCAACGGCCUGCCGCCUGGAGCCUUGGACGGGGGAUUCUUGCAGCAUGUGUUCGAUAUGAACAGCCAGUGGGACGUGGACAUCAGGGAGCCUGAAGCAGACCAGCUCUUUUUGCUGCUUUCUGUAAUUAAAGCUGACACUGCUGCUUGAGGAACUGUUCUCGCAGCCUCUGGACCUGUACAGUGACCCAGCAGCUUUAGCCACCGCGGUGCUACGACUGGUGAAGGAGCAUGUGCAGGAGAUGCUGAAGGCCAUGGCAGAAGUCUGAGCAACACCACACUCCUCUGGCGCAUACACACACACACACACACACACCUCCCUGUUUUCUUUCUCUUUCUCUUCAUUUCACUAUCUUUACAGGUAAGUACUUAUUACGCUGUCUUACUGUGUACACAUUUAAACAUGUCUUUCUUUUCUUCUCUCCCUGAGCAGCUACACAAUACACAACCUUGACGGCCUGGUCUCUAACAACAACAUCUGUUAGUUUGCUCUCCGACUGCACAAACACCUGCAGCUCCAACGCCAGUAUCCUUUCUUUAAGUUAAUCUUAGUAUAGAUUUUAUAAGAUUUUUCUUAGUGUAGUAUAAUAUUUAUUAACGAUUUUGUAUUCUAUUUAUUAAGAUUUUAGUAUUCCAUUUAUUAGAUAUUUAAGGUUUUUGUAUUUUUAAUCAAAUUUUUAAAUGUUUUUUAUUCCAGAUUUGUAUAUAUUUUAUAUGUAUUUAACUAUAUUCUAAUAAAAAAAAUUUUAGCAUAUAUUUCAGGCUUCAAUGUGAUCAUUUACAGCACUGCUUAAGUUCAUGAGGCACAUGUGGAGAGGAACCAGCUGAUCACGAACUACAAUACAGCUUCACUUGCCUGUGAUCGUGACGUUUCCCUCCCAGAUACUCUGAGCCUUUUCUGCACUCGGUUUGAGGUGCAGAACAACAUUGUGUAAAGGAAGACCAUCCCUCCCCCCAACGAUACGGUACUCUGUCUAUCCACGGCUAACGUGAGCAGAGUUAAUCCAUGGAAGGCUGCUGGACCAGACCACAAUCCUGGCAGGGUGCUCAAGGAAUGUGCAGAACAGAGCAUCGUGAGCAGCUGCAUCACUGUCUGGACACUGCAGCGGAUAGUUAGGACAGCUGGGAAAAUCGUUGGGAGUCUCUCUUUCCUCUCUCAUGGACAUUUACACCACACAUUGCAUCUGUAAAGCUAACAGCAUUGUGGAUGACCUCACACACUCUUCUUCCUCCUGCCGUCUGGGCAUGUGGCCCUCACGACCAGACUGUGUAACAGUUUCUAACCACAAGCCAUCAGACUCCUCAAUGACUAAACUGAACUGUACCGAACACAGUACACGCACACACACACGCUCACUCAACUGUAUGAACUGAUCUGCACCAAAUACGGUCUUCCAUUAUACAUCAUGUCUACAGCACCAUCCAUUUCAAACUGUUUACCUGCUGUUUUGCACAUUUUCAUUACAAUACAUCAUACAACUGCUGAUAUUAUAUGAAGUGUUCAUUCCAGUAUUUUUGCACAUGUACAGUAGAGUAUACAGUGUGUAUCCACUGCUUUUGUCUUGCACCAGGUUGCAAAGAUUGCACUUUAUGUGGCUAAGGGUGCUUUCACACCUGCCUUGUUUAGUUCGGUUGAAUCGUACCAGAGUUCGAUUGCUCAUUUGGUGCGGCUCGUUUGGGCAGGUGAGAAUGCAGCAAUGGAACUCUGGUGCGCACCAAAAGCGGACCAAAACAGCGGACUGCUGUAAUGCUCAGUAAUGCUCGCCGCCUCCUGAAGUGUUUUUGCGAUGCGUCUUCGCCGUUUGCAGUGCGUUAAAAUGAUAUUUUCAAGCCGCAUCCGUGCUUCAUUCUGAAAAUGAAGACUUUGCAUAGAAUGCUGUAUACAAGCGAUGUAGUAGAUUAGAACCACAAACAUAAUUGCAGCGUGCAGUCGUCUCUCCAUGGUGUACUGUAUGCUGUAUUUUCCUCUUUUUCUUUAUUUCUGAAGUUUCGUUGAAAUUUCCCGCACGUUUAUUCUGACCAAUCGAGAAGCAGUUUAGGAAAUGCGCUCAAAGACAUGUGGCCAAUGAGUGAUGUGGAUGUUAUCACAUGACGGCAUUUUGGUUCGCUUCAACUGGUGCAGAACAGAACGAUCAGUGUGGUGUGAAAAGGAACCAAAACUGCUAAAAAGCUCCAAUGUAUAAUUUCUUGCUUUUGGUCCGGACUAUUAUGAACGAACUAUAGAUGUGAAAGCACCCUAAGACAAAACUUACUUAAGCCUUUAGCUCUGUUGUUCUAUGUAUUUCUGUCUCUGUUCUACGGUCCUGGAGAAACAUUUUCUCAUUUCACUAUGUACUGUGUCGGCUAUAUAUGAUAUGAGAAUAAUAGCUUCUUGACUUGAUAAUGUGUUAUUUAAAUGGUUCUCCCAACCAAAAUUCAUUUCAGAUGGUGUGGAUUGAUUGGUAACAUCACCUGGUACAUUGCAAUCAAAUGAGUGAAUCCAAUGGCACAUUUAAUGUAACAAAAAAUGAAAUAAACACACAACACGUUUUAGUUAGCA